AUGGACUCAAGCUCCAAACGGGAGACCAUCCUGCCCAAUCGAUUAUGGUCCCAGAGAGGAGUUGCAAACGCGGAGCAGUACGAUUUCGAUGCAAGCGAUAUAGAUAACAGCACGGGGGGCUCAACAAACUGGCCGAGAAAGGUAUUUGGGAAGAACCAUUCAACCCGGUUGGGGAUCCCCAUCAAGUCAGAUAAACAGGGCGAAUCUCUUGCCACUUCCAAGGAAAGCACACUCGACGAGUACCAUAAGGUAUUCAGCAUUGACCAAGCCGGACGAGGCAUGGUAGCUUUGAAAGAUACGGAAAAUCUCCCAGUUUAUCUCAUCAAGGACUGUGGUACCCACAAAUCAAGGCAUAUUCGAGGACUAAAAUUUGCUAGUCAUCGGAAUCUGGUAUCCUUGAUUGAUUACUUCCAAUCUGAAGUCACAGUUCAUUUGAUCUAUGAGUAUGAGCACUUGGCAGUCAGUCUUGGUUGUGUUGCAGGAACUGUUCAGUUCACCGAAGCAGACAUAGCAACAACUUGCAAAGAAAUUCUGGAAGGUCUGAAAUUCAUUCAUUCGGCUUUGCGGACAUCAUAUGGCCUGUUAGAUUUCAGCAAUAUUCUCCUUACCUGGCAAGGCGAAGUUAAACUCGCAAAUAUUGGAGAAUGUUUAUUGAACAGCCAAGCCUCCAGUAUGUUCCAGAAGGACUUUCAAGCUAUUGGGUCCAUUGUAAUGUCCCUCAAUGACAGAACAAUCACGUUCCUCGAGGCAAGCUCUGGCAUAAACACGUUGUCCCUUUCAAAGCUGGCUCAUACAUUUGUGCAAAAAACCAACGAAGAUACAAGUGUUGAGCAACUGGUAGAUGCAUCCGAAUUAGAAGUUCGGAAGAUGGAAAAGCUAGUUAAAGCCUAA